AAAUUUAUUUAUUUAAUUACAAUUUAUAUUAUAACUACUAUUUCUGAAUAACUGAUUGUUUAAGUCAUUGUAAGUGCAAAAUAUGAUUAGAGGAAUAUGAUUAAUGAAUUAAAAAUGAUGUAACUAAUAUAAUGUAUAGCUUCUAAAAACCACAAUAAGGAAAUAUGGUCGUGAGUGUUGAGGCUGUGCUGGGUGUGAAGGUCUAAACCACAACACAUGAAGAGCAACAUGAUGGCCACAACCUUAACAGCCGAGUCAUAUCGAGUUAUUCUUCAAUCUACAAGGUCUACACAGUACUUUAAUUAUAUCCAGACAAGAUGGGCAUCAUCCCAAGGUCAGCUUUCUGUGAUACGUGUUCCUGUGCCACUGGCGGAAAAGUUAAAAAGAGAAAAGCAAAAAAGAACAAAAAUUGAAAGGGAACUUCUGGUGCAGAGGUCUCAGAGAGGUGACCAGUCUACGCCUAUAAUAUCAUGCAGGAGAAAACAAUAUAACCAUUACCUUGGUCAAUCAUACAACAAAUUUAAAGAAGUACCUCUGGCAUCAAAAGGCUGGGGCCAUAGAAAAUCUGUUGGGGACUACUUCACUAUCAACAGUUAUGGAGGGAAUCCCGCAUUUCGAGAUCUCCAAGAAGGGCACAAAGCUGACUUUGAAUCAUUGGGUCUUGACAGUGAUAUACAGUCACAGUUAAAUAAACUAGGAUUUCAGACACCUACAAAUGUACAGACCUUAGCCAUACCACAUGUCUUAGAGGGCAAAAACACUCUCAUUACUGCAGAAACUGGCAAUGGAAAGACAUUAGCAUUCAUCGCUCCCAUGCUACAGCAAAUAAGGCAACGCAUGAAACCAUUUGGGUCAGCUUUGCCAUUUAACUCGCCCUUUGGUCUUGUCAUAGCUCCAGGUCGGGAAUUGGCAGAGCAGAUUCAAGUAAGUACAGUACUUAGUUCAUGGGUGUCAGAUGCAAGAGGUUAGGUAAGGAUAGAUUUUGAAAGUUUUAUAAAAAAAACAUAACAUGCUGAUAUAGCUGAGCUGUCCAAACUACAAUGUUUAGUUUAUGUCGCUAUAUACCCUUUUAUGCAGUGCGAGUCAUAAGACAAAACUUUAAGAAGUUGAUAAAAGAAAUUAGUUAGAGUAACAGUUUUUGUCUUAGUAAAACAUGACAAGGGUUACAAGCAAUAGAUAUGAACAAUGUACAGUGCUAUAUGUAAUAAUUUCAAGAAUACCUGUACGGUAUUUUACAAAAAAAUUCAGGUAUAAAAAGUUGUUGGGAAGAAGAUUCAAUAACAAUAAUUUCAUAUGGACAAAAUAAACAUAAUCUGGGUGAGAUAUUAAAAAAGAGUUGGCAGUGUGUAUAAAGCUGGAUAUGGGGAGGAGGACUGUACUGCACGAGAAAUAUGAAAUGGCGAGUGAGUACAGCUCCUCCCCGACUUACGACGGGGUUAGGGACCGACAUCCAGGUCGUAAGUCGAAAUG